AUGAUGCUGGCACACGAUGUCGAAAAUCUGAACGGUGUGGAUGUCGAGUGCAUGUCAGUGGACUUUCAUGGACGACCCAGCUCGCUGGCCAGAUUCAUGCAAGCAAAAGGUCGAGCCAGAGACGGAUACAAUGACGAUUUAUGUGCUGGGCUGCGACAUGAGGUGACUGUAGAAGUGAAAGCAAAAUAUGAAAUGCUUGAGAAUGACGAUAACGGAACGGCAUGCCGAGAUGUCGAAGAGGGAAGUGAUACCGAAUUCGAUUGCAGAUCUCGAUGUCGAAUGAAAUUCAUUCAGCAGCUCUGCAAAUGUACCGGCUUAACGUUGAGUUAUUUGGCAAAAGAGGAUGAGAAAGAGCUUCAGAAGUACCCACUGUGUGACUACGAAAAAUGCGAUAUUGAUGUCGAAAACAUUCACAUAGCAGACGAGCAAUGCUCAAAGAAAUGCUUCCGGGAUUGCACACAAAUUCGUUACGAGGUAUUUCAUGAAGCACAAGGCAAAAUGCUACAAGAAAAUCUGACGUUAGUGAAUUUGAACUGGGGAUCUUUUGAAUAUUUAACGUUGAAACAGGACUGGGUAUGGUCUGUGACCACUUUCAUCGCUGCACUCGGUGGUUCAAUUGGAAUGUGGCUUGGCCUCUCGAUUUUAAGCUUAAUUCAGGGCAGUACAUACCUUUAUAUGUACUUAACGAAAGAAGUGAUUCGAAAACGCGUCAUCGCACAACAAGUCGCUCCGGGUGAAAGGAAGAGAUCAUUAGUUAAUUCGACUAAAUUUGCGGUUAAUCCUCUAGCAAGUCCAUUUGGAAAUAAAUCUGAGGUCAAGAAACGCAGAACAUCAUUACCGUCAGAAGUGCCAAUGAACGUCACCUACAACAAUAAUCCAUAA